AUGGUUGGGGAGCAGGUUCUAUUAAAGAUCUCACCCGUGAAAGGUGUGAUGGGGUUUGGGAAGAAGGGCAAGCUCAAUCCUAGGUUCAUUGGUCCAUUUGGGAUUCUUGACCAUAUGAGGGAGGUAGCCUAUGAGUUGGCUUUACCUCCAUGUUUGUCGGGUGUUCACCCGGUGUUUCAUAUGUCUACGGUGAAGAAAUAUCAUUCGGAUGGUUCUUACAUCAUUCGUUGGGAUUCGGUCUUGCUUGAUGAGAACUUGUCUUAUGAGGAGGAGCCUAUUGCCAUUUUAGAUAGAGAGGUUCAAAAGUUGAGGUCAAAGAAAAUAACUUCAGUGAAGGUCCAGUGGAAGCAUCGCCCAGUCGAGGAGGCUACUUGGGAGACCUAG